AUGCUGCAGUACCACCCCGGGCCUGUGGGGGUGGACCCUGACAUGCUGCAGUACCACCCCGGGCCUGUGGGGGUGGACCCUGACAUGCUGCAGUACCACCCCGGGCCUGUGGGGGUGGACCCUGACAUGCUGCAGUACCACCCCGGGCCUGUGGGGGUGGACCCUGACAUGCUGCAGUACCACCCCGGGCCUGUGGGGGUGGACCCUGACCUGCUGCAGUACCACCCCGGGCCUGUGGGGGUGGACCCUGACAUGCUGCAGUACCACCCCGGGCCUGUGGGGGUGGACCCAGAAGUAGAAUGGGCCAAUGCUAACAUAUAG